CGGUCGCAUCGUCACUGCCACCGCCACCACAACAAUAACAUUACUCACACAUAUACACACAUACACACACGCACUUGCAAUAACAACAACAAUAACCAAUACCAUCAUCAUUGCAACUAGUAUCGGGUUUGUUGGAUUAAUGUUGAUGUUAUUGUAACGGUGUUAGUUGGGUGUUAACUAUGUAUGAGUGUGUAUUCUGCUAUAUGGAUGAAUACAUGUGUGAGCGCACGUACGCCAGCAUGAAUGUAUGUACGUUGUGAAAUAUGUGUUUCCAAAUUGUACAUGUAUCUCUUUCUGUAAAGCGUGUGUUUGUUUUGUUUUGGUGUUGUCUUUUCUUUUUUCAUGAAAAUCCGCGAAGUAAGGGUGGGUGUUUAGUUACUUAGAGCGAACGUAAUCGUUGGUGAUAUCUGUAACAAUGCGGAUCACUCUUUGGUCAGCCGUUGUUACAAGUCUCUCUGAGAGAUUUCCUAUUAUAACACGCCCUCAAUCAUCCACGAUCGACUGAAAGAAACUAUCACUCACACAAAUCUCCUCCUCAUUAACACGAACGAACAUACAAACAUAAACAUUUACAUACACAUAUCUACGUAGACAUACACACACAUACACCUAUAUAUACAAACAACAUCACAAACACACAUACAUAUAUAUAUUACAAGCAGCUACGUUCAACCAAAAUAACAGCCACGAGGACAAAAGAUUUCCUCAACCUGGAAUAUACAUGGUGUAUAAAUACAACUAAUAUAUACCUAUGUAGAUACAUCUAUUUUUAUAUUCAUACAUGUUAUAGAUGAAAAUACAAUUAAUUAAAAACUUGAACUUAAGAUAAAUACUGCCCCUAUAUAUUAAGAGAGCACCAAAAUGGAUAGUUUUACUUUAAUUUUUACGUCUGAUGUUAAUUCCCUCAAAUCUUGAAGAGAUAUUUCAUGGUAGCCAUGUCAGGUUUUAGACGCGAGAAGUGGGCCCGUGAUCGCCAUCGACAGCAUCAACGUGGAGGUCAGCUCAGAAUGGGAGCUGAUGAAAGCAAAGCUGGUAGAUAUGACUUGAUGGGAGCCAGUGCUGUUGUCGGGAACAUGAGGAGGAUGGCAGAGCAAGCGCAGCCAUGGGCGCUGUUACAUCAGUGCUCAUUAGAACAGUGGAAAUGUGGACAUGCAGAAGCCACUGGUUUUGGUGACUCCCUUCUAACAUGUGAUGGCUUGGUUUUUAAGGACUGUAGUCCCGCUUUCUGCACAAGUCGACAAGGGAUCAUUGAUAUAAACAAAAGUAACUCGUUUUUCAGUUUUCGACGCAGAAGCAAAUUUAUCAAAAUGGCAGAACAUUUCGAGUACAACCAUAUUCCUGCCCAGUUGUCUUCGAUUCAAAAUUUCCAUGUCAAAAGUGUAUUAUGUUACCAUGACAACUUAGUCAUCCUUCAUCUUGUGCAGAAUAUGAUGACUCAAUUUGGAGUCAUAGAUUUGAGUAUUAAUAAAUUUCUUGGACAUUUCGGUAAACAGAAUGUGGAAUUUGUGAAUGAAGCUUUAUGGGGUGAACUGAGUUCCGAUGACUCAACAUGUUUGAUAAAAUUUCCGAAUCUCCGUGGAGACAACAGUGCAUCUGUCUUUCAGCUUUACAACAUUAAAACCAAACAGCUGAUUAGUGAAGUUAGUUUACCUUACAGUCACUCUUUAUUUGCAUUUGAUCCUAGAUUUGGAAACCUCCGUCUUGCUGUAACUAGCUUCAGACGUGAUGAAGAUAACUCACUUAGUCUAGUUCGAACAGACAUCUGGGAAACUGUGUCAUUCAACACACAAAUCGAUGUUUUCCGUGAUAUGCAGCGACUGAAAUUGAAAAACCUGGUGUACUCAAAAGACGGCUUGCUGAUAUUUGCAAUAAUGAUGACAGGUGGCUGUUUUUGUCGUGAGAAAAAAAGUCGCAAAUAUAAUGCCCUUACAAUGGCUGUUUACGUAUUUGACGGAGAUACUUCACAAACACUAUAUUGUAUCCAGUAUAUUAGAUUUAUAUGUGGUCUGCAUUCAUGUCCUGUUAAUUUUAUGCCUGUUUUUUCUAACUGUGGUGAUCGCAUGGCCCUGGUUCUUAAUGUGCCAGAUUCUUCGACAGAUCAUAUCCAUGUUUACAAGCUUCCCAACAAAGGUAACCUUCAGAACCGUUGCCGUACAAGAAUUUUACAAUACUUUUCUCCAGAAAUGAUUCCUCGUCUGCCAUUACCUCAAAAACUUUUGGACUAUUUACAAUUCAAACCAGAAUAUGUUCAGCCCCCACCUCUAGUGUGUUCCAGAUCUUAAAUACUUUCGAAUAACAAAACAGUACAGAAAUUUAAAAUAAAAUAAAAAACAAAAACAAAAAAAAAACAAGAUGAAUAGAUGAGGAAUGGAAAUUCAAAUGGAAGAAGAUAAAAGGGACUUUUAUAAAUGUGCAAAAACACUCAAGGAACAAUCAUAUUUUUUUUUAAUUUCGAAAAAUGUUUACUUUGUAUUCACAGAUAUAUUUAUGUGAUGUGAUGUAAAUGAUACAUCCCUGAUGAGGUAUGGGAUUUAUCAAUUAUGUCUUAAGUACAUGUGAUAUAUAUAUGAUCUAUGAGAUAUUUUGAAAUGAUAUAUGGGAUUUAUCUACAUACAUGACACAACACCAACACAAUAUACACACAUACAUGGGAUAAACCACACUGACACUACAAAGGAUUUAUCUAAAUAGUAUAUCUAAAUAUACUUUAGUAAUAUUCAUGUGAAAUACCAAAUAUGAUGAUGAAUUUUAAAAACCUUGAUAUACGUUGGGUAAGUGUGAAAAUGUCUUUUCUGGUCAGUUUAUUGAUUUAUACUAAAAAAAUAUGAUGUGGAAGAUAUUUUCAUGAUAUAUAUCUAUAUAUAUAUAUAAGAAUGAAUACA